GGAAGAUGAUAUGAUAUACGGAGUACAUACAAAUAGACUAAAAAAUAAACAUGGCACCAAUCACACUAGCAAAAUGUGGUAGGCAUUACCUGAGGGCCAUUGUACCAGGGUCUAUUCUUUCGCAAACGGAUGAGCUUUAAGUAUUUUGCAAGCAUGUUUGUAUAUUUUCGAGUCUCUAUGACGGGAACAGAUAUAUCUUGAUCUCCACUGCAACAACUCAUUAAAAUUAGAAUACUCUCAAAAGUAGUUAGAGACCAAAUUUCUACUAGUGAAAUUUGCACGGAAUAAGACUAAAGAAAUAAAAACAUAUAAAGUCAUUAUGUUUUAGUCCUAUUUAGGUAAAUUAACCGAAGAAAGUAUGAUUGGAGUGGCAUGUUCAAUUGGAUCGAUCCGAUCCGAUAUUUUGUAUAUCCGAAAGUUUCGGAUCAAGUAACAUGAUCUGGAAAUAUUUGGAUAUCCAACAUCCUGCUAUCUGAAAUAUCGAAUUGGAUCAAUAGAAUAUCCCAAAGAGAUGUAAAACGGCAAAAUCAUCCCACAAAUGAUGCCAAAUUCAAUAUAAAUAUGGUAGAAGGAUAAUUCAUCCACUAACAAAAUGGCAGCAACAAGAAAAAUUGGCAAAGUUUGCCUCUUUGCCUUAACACAAUCAGCUUACAUUCCACAGUUUGCCCUAAACACAAACAAAAAUGGUAGUAACUGGAAGAUUAACUGCGAGAAUGAGAGGCAGAGAAAGAGUAGAAGAUUGCGAGGGCUGCAUCACUACGGAAAUAGUGCGUUCUGCAGUCUGAUUGCGAGGCUUCCCGGGCUCGUCUAUGUGGAGGUCAAACUGUAUUGAGAUUGGGUUUUGACCGGAAGAGAUGUCCUUGGGCGAGGUCGGCGAUAGCGAUUGAGGGCUAAUUU